GUUCUUGAACACAGAGUCAACGAAGACUUCCGUGGACCGCCUCAUCAUCAGAUCGGAACCAGCUUCUGGUUCUCCUUCUCCACCCUCGUUUUUGCCCACCGGGAGAGAGUGGUGAGCAAUUUGGCCAGGUUCGUGGUGAUAGUGUGGUGCUUUGUGGUUUUAGUGCUCACUCAAAGCUAUACGGCAAGCUUGACUUCGCUUCUCACGGUUCAACAGCUCCAACCAGCAGUCACGAACGUGAACCAACUAAUCAAGAACGGAGAUUAUGUCGGCUACCAGUUAGGUUCCUUUGUGGUUGGAAUUUUGAAGAAUCUCGGCUUUGAUGAGUCUAAACUCAGGGUUUACGAUUCUGCGGAAGAACUGGACGAGCUUUUAACCAGAGGAACUUCCAAUGGCGGAAUAGCAGCAGCUUUUGAUGAAGUGCCAUAUAUGAAGCUUCUCCUUUCUCAGCAUUGCUCCAAGUACACCAUGGUCGAACCUUCUUUCAAGACUGCUGGUUUUGCCUUUGCGUUUCCAAAGGGCUCACCUCUUACGGGAGACAUCUCGAGGGCAAUCUUAAACGUGACUGAAGGAGAAGAAAUGAGACAGAUCGAGAACAAAUGGUUCAAGAAACAGAGCAAUUGCCCCGAUCCAAACACUUCUCUUUCGUCAAACCGUUUAAGUCUCAGAAGCUUCUGGGGUCUGUUUCUAAUCGCGGGAGCUGCUUCGUUCUUGGCCCUUUUCAUCUUCUUGGCCGUCUUCUUUUACGAACAGAGGCACUCGUUGAACCGAUUCUACGAUGCUCAAGAUUCAGGGUGGAGGAAACUCAGGGCUCUGUUAAGAAUCUUUGACAAAAAAGACAUGAGCUCACACACGUUUAGGAAGAGCAGUGACGAUGUUCAUAGCGUGAUUUCCGUCGACAACACGCAUUGUCCUCCAAGCCCUUCGACGUCGCAGAACACGCAGUGUCCGACAAGUCCAUGGAGCCCUUCGAAUAGAUCGGACUUUUCUUUCCACAUCGAGAGAGGACGAUCUUCGACGGUGUUCACUUUAGGAACAGAUCAACACGAGGAAGACCAAGUUGAAAGGCGGAGAAAGGAAGAAGAAAACUGCAGAACGAGUUCCUGUAGUGUAGGAGCUUAGAAGAUGACAAAAAAAUGUUUUUUCUCCGAUGAUUAUUCUGUCGGAAAGGAGAGUUAGGAGGCAUCACGUGACGUCAUAGUAUCAACCUGCUGAAUCUUCUUGGUUGUAUUAUAUUAUAUGGUAUGGAUGAAUCCUUGAACGUGCGACUGAAGACAAUGUCAAAUCUUUAUUUUUGAUAGAAGUCAUUCAAAUUCAAUGUCAAAUGCAUGAAAUUCCAUUCC